CGGUUUGGUGAUUGCUUGGCGACUGUAAACAAAGUACUAUCAAAGUAGACUACCUAGAUCGUAGCAAGAGAGAGUUUGUUGAUGCAGACUGUUGCAUUUAAAAAUUUAUAUCGACUGAAAGAAUAAUAUAAAUGAAGUAAAUAUUCUGGUUUGAUUACAUUUUUAAAGAAAUGGCAACCGGACAUAUUUUGCCAGGUUAUGGAGAACCUGUAUCACGACUACGCAGAGUGCGGUCUGCAGGUUUUUAUCCACUGGAUAGUACCGCUCUUCAAAAUCGUCAUAAGGACUUUCAUUUAUCACCCCAGGAAUUCGAAGAGAUAAAAGAAAAUGCCAAAAGGCUAUGGAAUAGCCGAGCACAAAAGCCUACAACUUAUGAAACUUUUCACAAUGGUGGAGAAAUUAACGAACUCACACAAGCCAAAUCUCGACCAUCGUCAAGUGAUCGGCGCAAUAAUCCGCAUCCUCCACAAGUUUUCCUGACUACAAGACUUCGUUAUAUAGAAGGAAAUCCCAAUUUAGACUCGACAAUAAGGAAAAAUCCAUCUCUUUGUCAAGUUUUGAAAAUUACACCAGAGUACCUGGCACAAAAUGAUCCUGCUUUGUUGAGAGUAUAUAAAGACCCAUAUGGCUUCAAGCAAAUCCUCCCUCCAAAAGAAGCACAGGCAGCUGAAGCUUGGGUAAAAUUGGCUGAUGAUGUAGAUCAUGAAAGAGUUUAUGACAUAGUGAGAGACCAUGAAGAGACAAGGAAGCUACAGGAAACUGCAAGAGUGCAACGUCCUAAAAGCUCAUACCCUUCUCUUCAUAGAUGGAUGAAAAAUAGUGGAGUUGAUGAAUACAAUGUAACUUCCAGAAUAAUGCAAACACUGAGGUCAGAUCCCUUGCGGGAUCACCCACCAUGUGAUUACAAUCCACAUAUUAGAAGCCAGUAUCAAUGUUUACCCCAUCUACGCCGAGGUGAAUACAGCAUGCAUCCUGAUUGGCCAUCAACACUUCCUCAUCAUAGAGUUCCUUAAAAUGACAGCUCUAUUUUGAUAACUGGUAGUUAUUUGUACUUAGUGUAGAGCUUAAUUAUGCAUAGCUUCCUCAGAUAUAUUAAAGACUGUCUCAAUGACUGACAAUAAUAAUUAAAAAUAGAACAAAUUCCAUUUUUAUGCGAAGAUGGUUAAUGGUGUAGAAUAUCAAUUCCACCAAUUUUGUUGAUGCAUUUCUCAAACAAGCUCAUUCUAAGUUUUUCUUAGCUCACAAUGCUCAUCUGUGAGUUGGUGGAUAAAUCUUGAGCCACUUAUCUUUCAAAGUAUGUUUAUUUCCUAUAACAAUGAAAGAAUAUCUAAUAUUCAUUCUUAUUAGAUAUUAAAUGAAAUUUUAAAGAUCGAAAGAUAUUCAAUAACAACAAAUGAGAUAUAGGAAGUAAUGGCUCUUCUACCUUUCAGGUGAAGAGCAGAUGACUUAAGUGAUGUCAGGUACAAAGCUAACAUUUUUUGAGGGGCAUUGACUCAAAAACAAAUGAGCUUAUAAAGAAUAUAGAAUUGAUUUUAAAUUAUCUAAUUACUAAAAAGUAUAUUGAUAAAACAAGUGUUAUAAACUUCAAAAUGCACUAAAAGUAAAAAGAAUAUACCUUUCUUUAGAUAGAAAUAGAAUAGUAACCAAUGUCAAAGUGUUAAUGAGAUUUUAUAAGGUUUUAAAUGUAACAAUUGUUUUUAUUUGGUAUUGUGUAGCUGUUGAUUUCAUUACGUAAGUUAUUGUUCAGCAUUUAUAGUGGCACGGGAAUACACAAUUUAUUUCUUACUUUCACUGGAACAAAAUAAGGUACUUAUUGCUGGACAGACAGAAGAAAUGAGUACACCUACAAUUCUAGCACAUGAAGAGAUGUAAUGCCAUUUUUUUUUAAAAU